AUGGACAACGAAAUAGGCGCCACUUAUGGUUACAAACAGACACUUCGUGGCUCUAGUGACAUAUCGAUUUUGACGCAUCGAGGAGUAGGCGAGGACCCAAACACCUCGCGCGAGAGCGAUCCUAGCAAAUGGAAGGAUGACCUUCGGCCCCUUCAUAGUGCCUCAAGCCCGAUAGUGGGAGAGUCCAGAUCUCACUGUCCACCGACAGGUGUAGAUAGGUGUGACCGUGAAGCACAGUCACUCUUCCUUCGUUCUAUUCUGCUAUGCAUGCUAGCGGCAACGCUUAGUGCCCAAUAUCCCGCGCGACAAGCGGUUGUUCUGCAAGCGCAUACAGAGCACCGAGGCACUACGCAACAAAGUACUCCAGAACACGAUCACGUCUCCUCUCACUUGGAGUCACCUGUCCUCAUCUCCAUCGCGCAAACACUCUUCACCGGUAGCAUCAUCCUGAGUGGGACAGCCGUUGUCAUGGCCACUCUCGUGUCAGCGAAGAUCAACACAGGCGGCGAAUCACCGAAUGAGCACAGGCGUGUGUCCCUCGUACAUUACGGCCGAAUGAGCUCCAGGCUUGCCGCCAUACUCAACUUGUUCGCCUUCCUGCUGAGCAUCGGAGUUGAACCAGUUCAGCGCGACAUGUUGACCGUAGCUCAGCUCGUAGCAAGACUGGCUGCGUCUUUUAUCCUCACUGUCUAA